AUGUAUGCUCAUCCAUGUGCUUGGGAGGUAGCAACAAUUGCAGAGACAGAUGAGUCUGCAGAAUCAGAAGGUGUAAUUGAUUUUCACAAACAUAGAGAAAUCCUCUCACGAAGACCCUCCUACCGAAAAGUACUGAAUGAACUUUCCUCUGAUGUGCCUGGUGUUCCCAAGAUUGAAGAGGAAAAAUCAGAGGAAGAAGGAACACCACCUCACAUCACUACUAUGGCAGUACCGGCUAGCAUAUAUCAGACUAGCACGGGGCAAUACAGUAUGUAUGCUGCAAUUCGAUACCAUAGAGUACCAGCUUUAAGACUUCUCUCGUUAUAUGGAAGCAACUGGGGUUUUGCAUUAAACUGUUCCAUUUUAAAUCAUAAUACCUAAUCUGUAUAUCAGAAUGAAAAGUACAUGUUAAAGAAGUAAGAGAUUUCAAUUGACAGCUGUCAUACUUUUGAAAAGUAAAAAUUUUUUACUGAAUAUAGAAGAAAAUGUUGAGUUUAAAAUAAAGAGAAUGUUUUUUCUUAUUUAUAUGUUUAUAUUGCUGUUUAGUAAAAGUUUAAAGCUUACUAUGUCAUUGCCUUUAUGAUGCAUGCAAACAUAACAUAUAAAUGUCUAUUUCAUUCUUGCUGGCCUUUACUAUUGACAAUUACAUUUUCUAUUUACUAAUUUAAAAGAGGCAUAUAUGUUAUCUAAAUUAUGUUUUAAAUGUAAUUUUGUUGUCACUAUUCUCUACUGUGUUGAUUUGUGCUGCAGUUUUUCCUAGAUGACAAGGAAAAAAUAAUUAAUGUUUAAAACUACAAUAAUUAGAUCAUUGUAUUUGAA